UGGGACCAAUGUCCCCCUACACAUUUUGGUUUAAAAGGUCUGCAAAUGACACUGUUAUGGGACCAAUAUCUGCAAAUGACGCUGUUAUGGGACCAAUAUUCGCCUUCAAAUUUUGGGACCAAAGGUCUGCAAAAGAUGAAAAAUACUUGUUUGGGUUUCCUCCAAAUGGCAAUAUUGAUAAAGUUUCAUUUCACGGGCAGGACUGUGCUCGUUGGACGCCUUCAUUCUUUGUAUCUACAUGGCGGUCGAUAUAUGGGGAUUCGAGUACUAUGCCCCCACCGGACAAGCUUCUGGAAUUGGACCCAUUCAUUCUGAGUGGUUUCUGCAAAGAGAUAGCGCAUAGAACUUUUACUCUACAUCGUGCAUCAGGACUCACUAUUGCACUCGACGAGUUUCACGACGGAGAUGGUCCACUAUCUCUGUCGUGUGGUUCCAGCUUGAUAGAUGCAAAGAGAAUGAUUCCUGUGGGUAUGAGCAUCUUGAACAAAAUCUUUCUCUUUCACAGGACAUACCUUCUGCCGUUCCGAGAAUUUGUCAUUUGCAGUAACCAGAGACUCGACAAGAUUGCUUCUGCAUGGUGUCAACCUAAUGCGAUGGAAUGGGUUUGUCGCACCCUUGAAGAUUUGGAAAGUUCGAAGAAAUCAUUAUGGCUUCGAGAUUGCGACAGGGAUACAACUAUUCCACUUGUAGACCUGCUGAACUACAGCCCGCCAUUGCAUUGCUUGCGAGUUGACUUGGGGGAUGUAGAUUGGGUAGAUGCAGGUGAACUUGCAGCUGCGGUGGCAGCGAGCAGAAUCUCAGACGUAUGUCAUUUUAAUAUGUUAUCUGGAGGAGUUGGGCCGUCGUUGUUUCUGACUGAAUUAGCAAACAGAUUGAUGGUUUCGAGUGACUUGAAAGAGGAUCCUGGGCAAAGCACUCCCUUAACUGGUGAACAGCUUGCAGCAACGGCAUCGCAGGGACUGAAAAAUCAGGAUGAGGCAAGAGAGCCCUCACCGUCUCGAAGGUCAAGACAGGGAAAGAGCCAAUUACACAAGCUCUGUUUGUCCUGGAAUUCUAGUGAAGGAAUAUAUAAUUGGAGUCAGACUCUUCAACAGUUCGUUGGAUCAGACACAGGUGUGGUGGAACUGACGUUACACGUACGACAAAGCUCGUUUGUGAAAGAAAUCUUUGGGCUUCUAAAAGGACUCCGCUAUGGGCAGCCAUUGGGAGUCUGUCUCGACAGCCACAAUGAACCUGCUGUUCGGUUAGUUAGGUCUGAUGGACUCGUAACAGAGGUGGUAUUGUGGGUGCCUUGUGAUUGGUCCGUUGAUGUGACUCGGCACGUUUUAGAAGUGCUAAAUGAAGCCCUCGAUCUCAACUCCAAAGCUCGUUGUGGCCAAGUACUAGCUAAUACAUCUGCAAAUUUGCAAUUAACAAAUGCAUUUGUAAACGACAUUGACCUUGAGACGGACACAACAAUUCAGGCCAUAUGGCCUUGGCUAGGCAAUUCAUUACCAAUGGUUCUGAAGCUUAUGGGAUGCACACUGCCAACACUCUUUCUGUGGAAGAAAUAUAGCAUUGAUAGCCUGGCAUUUGUUGAGUUGAUGAGACUCAAAUAUGCUGCUCCAUUGACAUUUACACUUGGAGAUGAAUUUUGGGUUGAUGGAGGGACCAUAGUGGACAUUUCAAGAGAUCUGGGCCUACUCAACUGUAUUGAGAUAGAAAACCCUGAACUAUGGAUUUCUGUUGACGGGAUUUGGCUAGAAAAUUGGGCUCAGCAUCUUGCAAAGGUGAUUGCAUCAAACAGAUGUCUGAGGAAGCUCAAGGUAUGUAUAUAUGGACCCCAAUUCCAGACUUUUUGGUCUCGCCCUGAGAGGCUAUCUGAUUUUCUCCAUGAGCGGAUACUGAUGAUUUGUGAAGGGUUGAAACAAAACAGGUGUUUGGAAGAACUCACCUUAACGGUUGACAGAAACCUGUUCUUUCGUGAACGAGUCUUGUCCCUCAACCUUAGUGAAAGCCAGAUAACGCAUCUACUUGAUAUUCUAGACCAGAAUCGGGCUCUCAAGGUUCUCGAUGUUCCUCUUGGACAGGAGAACAAAAGAAUGAUAGACCAGAAACUGAAGAGGAACUAUUGGGAGCGAUCUGUGCUGAAAGCUGCAGGCACAGCAGAAUAUACUUCAGGUCGUCACAUGAGAUGCUUCUUGGCUGGUGAUCCCUUGGUCGGUAAGACAACGCUCAAGAACUCUAUGUGUUUGAACACACUGGAAAUGGUGAUCAGCAAAGUAUCAGCCUGGAUAUCAGCCUGGAUAUCAGCCUGGAUAUCAGCCUGGAUAUCAGCCUGGAUACAGUCUCCUGGUGACUGUCGAACAAGAGGAAUUGAGAUUCGCCGUAUGUAUCAAAAAGGUAUGGAGACCAAAAUCCAGUUGUGGGACUUGGGAGGACAACACGAAUACCACACCAUUCAUGACCUUUUCAUGCCAUCUCUUGGCAACGAUAUGUCAAUUCCACCCAUGUUUGUGCUGGUCUGUAAUCCUGUGAGUCCAAGCACAGGGUGUGACCAUGGCUCACCUGUGUGGAGAUCAACCGGUGAAUUGAAGAUAAGCUUGGGAUACUGGCUGAAAUUCAUUGCUGCAAACUCUGCCUCAAACUGUAAACCUUCGGUGACUCUUGUCUUUAAUCCUCAUCAUCCGACCCCGGCAUCAUGCACUUUUGAGCAUCAAGCUGAUGAGCUGCGGGAGUGGGCAUGCUUGAGAUUUAAAAAUAUUUUGGACAUUGAGGAGAAGGUUUUCAUUAUUGAUGCACAGACGAGGGAAGACUCCAGAAAGGUGCGUGAUCACCUUUUCUGUCGAGCAGGUCAAAUCUUGGAAAAAUUCGAAGUCAUGCUUGUCAUGGAGCAAAUUUUCUCAACAAUUGUGUGCUUGCCAGAAAAUAAACCACUUGUUUCCAGGGCGGACUUCGACAGGCUGUGCAACCAAGUUGCAUUUUCUUCCACAGAACCUUUGGACGAGAAGCUCUCAGGCGAUUCCAAGGAUCUGCCUUGUGACUCAAAUGAACUCCAUAGCCCAGCUGGAUCACAGCGAGCUGUUUUGAGCAUGCGAACAGGAUUGAGCAACCUUGCAGCUCGCUACCUUCAUGAUGUUGGUGAGGUUAUCUCCUUCGAGCCACUGCCAUUCGUGAUCGUCAACCCACAGUGGUUCUGCUGCACAGUUGUGGGGCAGUUGAUCCCAGCAGCUUUCCACGAGUCAGGAGUGCGCAAUGGUAUUGCAAGCCUGACACUUCUGGAAAGCAUAUUGAGGCGCUCUCUCUCAGAGAACUGUCAUGUUCACGCCCAGGAUUUGGUGAAACUAAUGGUGAGGAUGGAGAUCGGCUACGAGACGAAUGACAUGCAUGACGUGAUGAUACCAGCUUGCCUUCGGGGCAGAAGGAAUGAUGGGGACUUUAGGUGGGAGCUGCCUCGUACAGAAGCAUGCUGCUGUUUUGGCUUCCGCAUUGAGUGCAUGGAUAAGGAGACGACUUUGUUGCCAGCUGGUUUCUUCCAUCGUUUGCAGGUAAUGAUGAUGGCGAUGAUGAUGAUGGAGAUGAAGAACAAGGAGAAGAAGAAGACAAAGAAGAGGAAGAAGGUGAUGAUGAUGAUGAUGAUGAUGUAGUAGUAGUAGUAGUAGUAGUAGUAGUAGUAGUAGUAGUAGUAGUAGUAGAGGAGGAGGAGGAGGAGGAGGAAGAGGAGGAAGAGGAGGAGGAGACAAAACCGUAAUAUUGUCCACAUCACUUCUGAGACUCCCGUAUUCCCUCACUCCAAGUCUUCUCCUCUUAUAAAUUGACACCUAUCAACAUGGAAUAGCUUAGCUUCUGCAGUGCAGGCGGUGGAGACAAUGCCUGCACGCAAAUAGAAAAAGAUAAAAAAGGAAAAGAGGCGCAACAACACUCUGCCUCGGCCAAACAAAGCCCUGACGGAAAAUCAAGCUCUAACAAUUCC